CGACAUAUAUAGAGAGAUAACUAUCUAGCUACCACUCUGUAUAUCCAUGGAAGAUCCUGAGCUCACGAAGCUAGGAAGCUCUCUCCCUGUGGCUUGCGUUCAAGAACUGGCCAAGAACACCAUCGCAGCCAUCCCGCCCCGCUAUCUUCGUCCCGAUCAGGACCCUCCAAACGCCACUUCGCCACUUCAGAUCCCUGUCAUCGAUUUGCAGAAACUGUCAUCUCCUUCUCGCCAUGGCGAUGAUGGUGAUCUUACUCCAGAGCUGGACAGGCUCCAUGCCGCUUCCAGAGAUUGGGGCUUCUUCCAGUUGAUAAACCAUGGCGUAAGCGAGUCGCUGACAGACAGGGUGAAAGCAGAGGUGGAGGGGUUCUUCAACCUGCCGAUGGAAGAGAAGCGAAAGUAUUGGCAGAAACCUGGAGAGAUGGAGGGAUUCGGGCAGGCGUUCGUGGUGUCCGAGGAACAGAAGCUUGAUUGGGGAGAUCUGUUCUACACGACCGCCCUUCCAAAACAUCUCCGAAAGCCUCAUCUCUUCCCUCAGUUGCCUCUCCCGCUCAGGGAAACAUUGGAAGAAUAUUCAGCGGCACUCAAGGCACUGGCAAUCACCAUUCUCGGUCUAAUGGCGGAAGCUCUGAGGAUGGACCAGGGCGACAUGAAGGUUUUGUUCGAUGAAGGGUGGCAGAAGUUUCGGAUGAACUAUUAUCCUCCAUGCCCGCAGCCGGAGCUGGUGAUGGGUGUCAACUCUCACUCCGACGCCGUUGGUCUCACCAUUCUGUUGCAAGUAACGAACGAUACUCAGGGUUUGCAGGUUAAGAAAGACGGUCACUGGGUUCCGGUUGUUCCUCUCACAAACGCGUUCAUUGUCAACAUUGGUGAUAUUCUGGAGAUAGUGAGCAAUGGGAUAUACAAGAGCGCCGAGCAUCGGGCCACCGUCAACUCUGACAAGAAACGGAUUUCGUUCGCCACUUUCCUGAGCCCAAAGCUGGACGGGGACUUGGGCCCGGCCCCUAGCCUGCUGAUAAAUACCCAAGCCCAACCAGAGUACAGAAGGAUCGGCGUCGCCGACUACUUCAAGGGCUACUUCGGCCGGCAGCUCGCCGGCAAAUCUUACAUCGAUGUCAUGAGGAUUCAUCAACAUUAAUUAAUUACUCCAAAAGCAGGCCCAACAUGAUGUGAUUGAUAUUGUCAUUUCUCUUCUAUCUGCUACGGCUCUUAAUAAAAUGGGUUAUAGGUAUAACUAGCUUUUUACCGGCCCAUUGGCCGGAGAGAUUUAUUUUAUAAUUUAUAUUAAUUAACUUAUUUAUAUGUUUAAAUCAUUUUGGAUCUUCUAUUAUGUUAUUGAUUCAUAACAGAGUUUGUAGACUGUAGUAUGUUUAUAUUGAAAAUUUCCAAUAUUUAGCACACUCACUUAUGAUACUUCGGUUUUCUAAUAAUAAAUUAUAUCGUUUUCACGUCCCAUUUAGAACUUAUGUAAAAAAAUUUCAAUC